AUGACAUGUUUACACUUCGUAUUUGGACCGACUGAUUCCUCACGGGUUCACCGGGAACAAGCAUCACAUCCAGACUACAAAAUGAUUGAUCCUCACAUCUACCUGCACUACAACUAUACGGGAAAGCUGGACCACCGGCCAAGCGUGGACACCGGAACGGGCAUCCCGGAUACUAAGACCCUUCUGUUCCUGGUGGUGUGCGGCUUCAUCGUACUGGAGAACCUGACAGUGCUUGUGGCCAUAUGGCGGAACCAGCGAUUCCACAACCGCAUGUACUUCUUCAUCGGUAACCUGGCGCUAUGCGACAUGCUGGCCGGAGUGGCCUACCUGGUCAACCUGCUGCUGUCCGGCGUCAGAACGCUGCACCUUUCGCCUGCUUUAUGGUUCGUGCGCGAGGGCAGUAUGUUUGUGGCGCUGGGCGCCUCGGUUUUCAGUCUCCUGGCCAUCGCCAUCGAGCGCCAUCUGACCAUGAUCAAAAUGAGACCCUACGACGCCAACAAGAACUACCGGGUCUUCCUACUUAUCGGCACGUGCUGGUUGAUCGCUAUCUCGUUCGGGGCGCUUCCCAUCUUGGGGUGGAACUGCUUGGGCGACCUCGCCGACUGCUCCACUGUGUUGCCGCUAUACUCCAAGAAAUACGUGGCUUUCUGCAUCACCGUUUUCAUGGUGUUGCUCUUGGCUAUGUCGGUGCUGUACGCUCGCAUCUACGUCCUGGUCAAGUCCAGCAGUCGAAAGGUGAGCAAGCACAGCAGCUCUGAGCACGCCAUGUCGUUGCUGCGCACCGUCAUCAUCGUGGUGGGUGUCUUCAUCGCCUGUUGGACUCCAAUUUUCGUGUUGCUCCUGGUGGAUGUGGCGUGCCAGCAGCGCGCCCGCUGCCCCGUCCUCUACAAGGCCGACUGGUUCAUCGGGCUGGCCGUGCUCAACUCGGCCAUGAACCCCAUCAUAUAUACGCUGGCCAGCCGCGAGAUGAGACGGGCCUUUCUAGGUUUAGCUUGCUGUCUUUGCUACUCACGCAAGGCGUCGACGCCUGGUAGCGGGAACAGGCAGUGCUUGGAGGCUAGCCGUAGCAGGAGCAAGUCGUGGAGCAGCCAAAACAACCACAACCAGCAGGGAAGCAGGCAGGCGAGGCCUGACGCCGAGGCGGAUUCCGACCUCGGGAAGGUGUCGGCCUUCGGGGGACCAAGCGGUGCUGAAGCUGACAACUUUCUCCACAACGGCGGGACCGAGUGA